AACAUUGCUGGCAGCUCCGGAGCUGGGACGCAGCUGUAACUUUGGUUACACAGUUCUGGUUUUCCCUUUCCUGUGUUUGAGAGGACUUCAAAUUCCGCUGCUGGGCCUGCAAGGCAGCGAGCUGGGGACGCUUCAGUGCAGCUCUGCCUGAGCCUGCGGGGCUGUGAAACGCAGCAGAGCCAGUUUUGCUUGCUGCAUUUGGACUCCCUGCCCAUGAUGGAGCUCACCAUCCUCUUCCUCCGCUCCUGCCUGGCACUGCUGGCCAUGCCCAUCUACCUGCUGUCCUUCCUGGGCAUAUGGGAGCCGUUCUGCAAGAAGAUCUUUUUCCCUUUCUUCUUAGAGAAGCUGACUGUGAUCCACAACAGGAAAACCAAGAAGCAGAAGCAGGAAUUAUUCCGAAAUCUGCCCGACUUCACCGGACCGUCGGGAGAACUGAAGCUGCUGGAAAUCGGCACAGGAUGCGGAGCCAACUUCCAGUUCUACCCUCCGGGCUGCAAAGUCACCUGCAGUGAUGUGAACCCCAACUUCCAGCAGGGCCUUUCGAGAAGCAUGAGCAAGAAUCAGCACAUCCACUACGAGCGCUUCCUCACAGCGGCCGGGGAGGACCUGCACCAGGUGCCCAACGGCUCCGUGGAUGCUGUUGUCUGCACUUUGGUCCUCUGCUCAGUGCAGAGUGUGAGCAAAACCCUGAAGGAAGUGCAGCGCGUGCUCAGACCGGGAGGCGUUUUCUAUUUCUUGGAGCACGUGGCCGCCAGCCCUUCCAGCUGGAAGCUGUUCUGGCAGCAGGUUUGCCACCCGACGUGGAAACUCGUGUUUGACGGCUGCUGCCUGGCCAGGGAGAUAUGGAAGGAUCUGGAAGAGGCCAACUUCUCGGAGCUGAAACUGCAGCACAUCAGCGUGCCGCUGCCCUGGACUCCCAUUAAGCCGCACAUCAUCGGGUACGCCGUGAAAUGACGGGGAGCGCUUCGUGCUGCUCACCUCCACAGCUCCUGGGCGUGAUCAAAGAGCAUCAACUAAUCCUGGCCAAUGAACGUAGGCAGCGUGGUUGAAGACCUUAAUAAAUGUUUGAUUCAGACGUGAAAUGGAGGAGGAGGGUCAGUU